CUGGAAUUAAAGAUGGUCGUAAGCCACCACUGCAGGUGUUAGGAAUUGAACCCAGCACCUGGUCUUCUGGAAGAACUUUCUAUUUUCCCAGUGCUACAAUUCCAGGCAUGGACUACCAUGGCAAAUUUUUCAUAGUUGAAUGGUACUCCUGCGAGUGGACAGAAUGAGGGGGUUGAUUUUCAGGCCGACAAGGGGCCGUUGGAUCACCCAGCUAAGCCAGCUGCGUUCCCAUGGAGCCACAGGGUUAUUUGUGCCGCCCAGCCCCCCUUUGGACCAUGAAAAGAUCAAAGAGUUACAGCGCUUCAUUAGCCUUUCCAAGAAACUGCUAGUGAUGACAGGCGCGGGAAUCUCCACCGAGUCCGGGAUCCCAGACUACAGAUCAGAAAAGGUGGGACUCUACGCCCGCACUGACCGGAGACCCAUCCAGCACAUUGAUUUCAUCCGCAGUGCUCCGGUUCGCCAGCGCUACUGGGCCCGAAACUUUGUGGGCUGGCCUCAGUUCUCCUCUCACCAGCCCAACCCAGCACACUGGGCUCUGAGCAACUGGGAGAAACUUGGGAAGCUGCACUGGUUGGUGACCCAGAACGUGGACGCUCUGCAUUCCAAGGCUGGGAAUCAGCGGCUGACGGAGCUGCACGGAUGCAUGCACAGGGUCCUGUGCCUGAGCUGUGGAGAGCAGACUGCACGCAGGGUGCUGCAGGACCGCUUCCAAGCCCUGAACCCCAGCUGGAGCGCCGAGGCGCAGGGCGUGGCCCCCGAUGGUGACGUGUUCCUCACGGAGGAGCAGGUCCGGAGCUUUCGGGUCCCGUGCUGCGAUCGAUGCGGCGGCCCUCUGAAACCCGACGUCGUUUUCUUUGGGGACACGGUGAACCCGGACAAGGUUGACUUUGUGCACCAGCGUGUGAAAGAAGCUGACUCGCUGCUGGUGGUGGGAUCGUCCCUGCAGGUUCAUCCUCACAGCCCGGGAGAAGAAGCUCCCAAUCGCCAUUCUGAACAUCGGACCCACGAGGUCUGAUGAUGUGGCUUGCCUGAAGCUGGAUUCGCGCUGUGGAGAGCUGCUGCCCUUAAUAGACCCACAGUGACAGCACCCUGAUGUCCAAAGGCUGGAAAGGACUUUCCUUUGGGUCCCGCUGCUAAAGGUAAAGAGAACCCUCUCAGAUAAAGGGUCUAGCCUCAUGCUUCUAAUCCCAGCCCUCAGAAGCUGACGAAAACGAGCCUGGAGCUCAAGGCCAGUCUGGGCUAUAGUGUGUUCUAGGCUAGAUCUGGCCACAGACGUGAUACCCUAACCACAAACAACAAAACAAAAGCCAGGCGAUAGAUUCAGCUUCCUGGUACACCUAGUAGUCAGAUGCCCGACAAAAGAGACAAUUCUAGUCGUCUUAACACAUAGCUAUAUAUGUUAAUUAAAACGUGACGUUUCAAUUAAAACGACCUUUUAAAAAAAUACA